AUGAAGGAAGCUGCAUCUUCAAGCCCAAAGAUCGGCAGCGCAGCCGGAGUCACACUCCCAGAUAACCCAGCCGUGCUGAAUGCUGAAGAGUAUGCGUCUACGCCUUCGGCAAAAGGCCGCGCCGGAUUCCCAAAGGCAGGCGGGCAAUCGCUUUCGUACUGGCUCCAACAAGUUCGAUCAGAUCCUUUGUUAGAUUAUCGCACUACCGAGCAGCUGCCUGAGCAAGUGGAUACCGUUAUUAUCGGGUCCGGAAUAUCUGGAACACUAAUCGCGAAGCAUCACCUGGAGACAUGGCCUGAAAGGUCGGUCAUCGUACUGGAAGCUCGAGAAUUUUGUUCCGGAGCGACAGGAAGGAACGCUGGCCACUGCAAGCCUGAUCAAUGGCGCCAUUUCGCUAAGUUUGAGAAGGCCUAUGGGCACGAACAGGCCGUCCAGAUCAUGAACAAUGAAGCUGCGACUUGGAGAGCUCUAGUCUCAUAUGUCAAGGAGAACAAUGUCGACUGCGAUCUUUGGGUUGGUGAUACCCACGACGUACCGUUGGAUGACGAUGUUGCGAAGAUCGCAAAGGAGUGCUUCGAGAGGUAUAGAGACUUAGGAGGCAAGGUCGACCAUAUCAAGGUGACGCACAACCCCGUAGAAGCUGCAAAGAUAUCGAGGAUUAAGAACGCAAGGGCUUGCUAUUCCUGGAGCGCCUCGACGCUACAGCCGUGGAAGCUGACCGCGCACAUUAUGCGAGAGAAUCUCAAGAGCGGUGUCAAUCUCCAGACGUACACUGUGGCAAAGACAAUAGCUGCAGGCUCCUCGGGCAACCGGAAAUGGAUCGUUCAUACGGACCGAGGAGAUGUCGCUUGCGAUACCGUGGUGCACGCGUCAAAUGCCUACAUCGCAGCUCUUGAGCCCUCACUUAAAGGCGUGAUCACACCGAAACCGCACAUAUGCAACAAGGUCGUACCACCGCGGGCUAUGAGCGGCUCUAAGGCCAUCCAAAACUCAUAUGGUGUUCUUCUCCCAGAUGGUGGCCUCUUCAGCAUCAAUCCUCGAUGUACCGCCGAUGGGGUGGUGAUGUUCGGGGGUUCGAAUCCAGGACAGAAGCAACUUGACAAAUGGGUGGAGGACCACCCGGAGCACUGCAUCAACGACGGUCUGGCCAAUAUCGAGAGUAUUACAGUAUGUGUACGCGAGUUCGUCGAGAGCAACUUCGAGGGCUGGAAGGAUGCAGAGAUAGGGCCGGGCGAGGGCUUCGAUUACAGUUGGAGUGGCAUUAUCGGGUUGAGCGCGGAUGGAGUGCCGUUCGUGGGAGAGCUACCUGGCAAACCAGGACAGUUCAUUUGUGCUGGUCAUCAUGGACAUGGCAUGGCACGCAUCUUCACCGCUGCCCCUGGGGUCGUCAAGGUCAUGAACGGCGAGCCUUGGGAAGCGACUGGGUUGCCCGACGUGUACAAGAUGACACCAGAGAGACUGCAGCGCUUGCAAUCGGCCACGGAGGUGGCCCCCAAAGUUGCGAUAGUUUGA